GACCCGAACCCGAAAGUACAAUGGGUUAUACAGGUUCUUUGAAGAUUUACUAACUCCGACCCGAACCCGAUAGAACCCAAACCGGUCCCGAACCGAAUUUUUAUAUAACCCGAAUGGGGUUGGUUUUGAUAAACCCGAAAAAUCAAAAUCCGAAUGGAUAAAACCGAAACCCGAUUGGGACCCCGAAUGUCCAUGCCUACACACACCUGAGACGUCGACAGUCAUAUCAUCCACUCCAUAGUUCAAAAUAACACCUCUAGUUAUAUAAGUAAUGAUGUAACAACAAUUAAAAGAUCAUAUAUCUAUUUUAAAAAUAUUAGUUUAUGACAAAUAUUGAAUUUUAAUAUUUGUUUUAAUUCGUAAAGUUAGACUUAUUCAGAAUUUUUAAAUUUAAUCAAAACGAAUAGCAAAUCAAAUCAAAUUUUAUGCAUAUUUUGUCCAUCCUACCUAGCGCAACCUUUUUUGAAGAAUGCGGAAAAUGAGAAACAAAUUAAAACAAAUAUUAAAAUUUGUUUAUAUAUGUACAAUUUAUAUAAAUAUCAACAAACUUUCAAGUAUUUACUUUAAUAAUCAAUUGGGCUCAACCCCAAUAUUGGGCAUUUCUCAACCACCUUAAAAAGACAACUUCCAUUAACCGACUGAAUAAAAUAACUUUCUCAUCCUUUAAUUGUUGAGAGAGAGAGAAAGAGAGGAUGAAAGGAGACGAUGAGCAAAACCGAAACCGUGAAAGUGAUCGGACGUUAGCCGACGAUGAGCAAAACCGAAGCCGUGAAAGUGAUCUUACUUUAGCCUCAGCUACUCCUGAGGAUGAGCAAAACCGAAACCCUAGGAAUGAAAGUGGUCAGACUUUGGCCACUGCCGAUCCUCCUGCCAGGUACCCCUCAGAUCAAAAUUACUGAUCGAGAUUUUGUAGCCUAUAAAGUAUGGUUGAUGUAGGGUUUUGUUUAUUUAGGGCUUUGAUUCCUCUCUCGGAUGAAGUUGGACGCAGACCAGUUUGAAGAUACAAAUGCUUCACUGUUGAAGAGAACAAAGCCAUUGAGGAUGGGUAUAAGAAAUAUGGCCCUAACUGGUCCUUGAUCACGCAAGAAUACAGCGUCGAACUUGCAGAAAGGAGCGAGGUAGAUAUCAAAGAUCGACAUAGGAAUAUGACUGGGACUGCUGCUACCGCAGAUUUGGUAAGUGACUGAGAUUCUUUUUGUUUGUCCUUUGUAGAUUGAUUAACUUGUAUGGGUUUUUUUUUACAGACUACACCACUGAGAGUUAUCUUCCACCAUGAGGCUUCUCUGGUGGAACUUAUCACGACUAACUUCCCAAGGGUUGAGAAAUAUUUGGAUGUUGUGACAUCAAUUGUCAGAUCAAAGGUAAAACGAACAAGGAUUUAUGUUUUUGCUUGCUCAUGAGAGAUUAUUUAUCUUGUAUUGCCAGGUAAAGCUUUUGAACGAAAGCUCGUUUGCUUCAUGUGGAAAAAUCGAGGAUUGGGUUUCUGCUUAUGAGGUUACAGAUUUGUCGGAAAGUUGUAAGGACGAUACCAUGAAGAAACUUUAUCACAAGGAUCCAAGUAGAAGGAGAGAUGGUGCCUUUUCAGUUUCUUGUUGCUUUACACUGUAGGAGAAAAUCGUGACAACUUCUCAACAGUUGGAGAAAUUGUUUUGCGUACAUGUUGAAGAAGUUACUCGACAUGAGGUGAACACUGGUGGCACAGAGAUGGGAGAUCUUGUGCCACCAUUUUGCACCUGGAAAAAGUAGGAAGAAGGUAGAUUACUUACUUGUCUCUUCUGUUAACAUGAAAAAUUACUAAUUCAUUUUGUUGCUUAUGUAUUUGUUCAGAAGAGGUAUUUUCGGCAUCCUUUUUUUCUGGUCAUCCACUCGGAUGAGACUCUGCUGCAGAUAAAUAAGAAGAUUAAGAGCAAGUGUGGUGUCUCCGGUGAAGAUAUCUUGAAGGUUUGUCUCUCUGUAUUUUUACUCAAAAGAAAACUUGAACUCAUGUGUGUAAUGUUGUUUUUGAAGUGGAAGUUUGCAAUGGCAUCAAAUUCUAUGCGUUAUAUCAUGGACUCUGAAAUCAUUCAUUCUUUCUGGAAGGACUCUGAAAUCAUUCAUUCCUUCUGGAAGGACUAAAAAAAGUCAUAUUUUGAUGUAAAUUGACCAAUGAAAACAUUUUUACAAGUGAUGUUUCAUUGUAUAACAAUAUAGGUAGACAGUUGUACAAAAAAAGCACUAUAAGUAUAGACAAUAAAAUGUUUAAAAAAAUUGAAAGUGAACAGCUUGGAUUUCUUCUUUUUUGAGAAUUAGGAUUAUACAUUGCUUUGUAUCGACAUAUCACAUAUGAUCUAGAACUUAAUUAAUUAUUCCAUUAUUCAUGUUUCAUAUACAUGUUUGUAGAAAAAAAUGGGUCAUGCUUCUGGAUCUUAAAUCAUUGAAAUCAGGUCAUUAUAAUCGGUGCCAAACACCUGACACAUCGACAGUUAUACCAUAAUUCAAAAUAACACAUCUAGUUAUGUAAGUAAUGAUGUAACAAAUAAUUAAAAGAUCAGAUAUUCAUUUUAAAAAAUAUUAAUAUUUAUGAUUUGUUAUGUCUUUGACAAAUAUUGAAUUUAAAUAAUCAUUUUAAUUCGUAAAGUUAUAUGAUUAUUCAGAAUUUUUAAAUUUAAUUGAAACUAAUAACGAAUCAACUCAAAUUUUUAGGCAUAAUAUUAUUUUGUCCACCCAUAGCUGGUGCAACCUUUUUCUUAAGAACGCGAAAACGAGCUACAAAAAGCACAGUUGGCUGCUCUUUCCUAACACCACCGUCUUGUAUUAAUAAACCUAAAAAGGCAACUCAAAACUAAAAGAAAAAACACGAAGAAGAACGCUUAAAUGGUCAUUCUCUUUACAUCAUCAUACAUGGCCACACGCAGCCUCUUUUUCUUCAAAGUUCUUCUCCUUUUUCUUGCUCUCUCAGAUUCUUUUUCAGCGACAAGUAACGGCCAAGGUGUGGGAAUCAACUACGGCCAAAUCGCUAACAACCUCCCGUCUCCGGCGCGAGUCGCCGUCCUCCUCCGUUCACUAAACAUCACAAGAGUAAAGCUCUACGACGCAGACCCAAACGUCCUCUCCUCCUUCUCAAACUCACAAGUCGAUUUCAUGAUCGGUCUAGGGAACGAGUUCCUCCAAAACAUGUCAACGGAUCCAACCAAAGCUCAGAGCUGGAUCCAGCAACGACUCCAACCGCACAUCGCCAAAACGCGAAUCACCUCGAUCGUUGUCGGAAACGAAAUCUUCAAAACUAAUGACCGUGUCUUAAUCUCGAGUCUCUUACCGGCCAUGAAAGCGGUUUACUCUGCUCUAACCAAUCUCGGUUUAGAGAAACAAGUAACGGUAACAUCCGCUCAUUCGCUAGACAUGCUUCAGACAUCUUAUACAUCGUCGUCCGGAUCAUUCAGACAAGAGUUUAUACAGUUUCUCCAACCUCUUCUUGAUUUUCACGCUCAGAUCAAGUCUCCUUUCUUGAUCAACGCGUAUCCUUUCUUCGCUUAUAUGGACAGUCCUAAAGAGAUUCCCUUGGAGUAUGUUCUGUUUCAGCCGAACCAAGGGAUGGUUGACCCGAACACGAAUCUUCAUUACGACAACAUGUUGUUCGCUCAAGUCGAUGCGCUUUAUGCAGCCAUUAAAACGUUGGGACAUACUGACGUUGAGGUUAGGAUCUCGGAGACGGGAUGGCCUUCCAAAGGAGAUGAGAAUGAGAUCGGAGCUACGCCGGAGAACGCGGCGCUUUAUAACGGGAACUUGUUGAGGUUGGUUCAGCAGAGGAAAGGGACUCCGGGCAAGAAGUCUGUUCCGAUUGAUGUUUAUGUCUUUGCUCUUUUUAAUGAGAAUCUUAAACCCGGUCCGACUUCUGAGAGGAAUUAUGGUUUGUUUUAUCCGGAUGGUAAACCGGUUUAUAAUGUCGGUUUACAGGGUUAUCUUCCUGAUAUUAUAUACAGUUCAAGCGCAAGUACAAUCAAGACUUUGAAUUUGUGGAGAGCCGUGAUGGGUUUGGCUGUAGCGGGGUUGAUAGGACUUGAUAUGGGCGUCAAAAUGAGGAUGCCCUUAAUUAUAGGUUUAUAUUUGUUUGCUUUACAAGAAAGUUAUUGUUAUGGUUACACUUAUAGCCUAUAGCCGCGAGGUUACAAUUCUUUGUCAUGUGUUGGAUUCACAAUUAAAAAAAAAUUAUUCUGUAAUUGGAAAAUUGUUAUAAAACAUUUUUUUGGUUAGUUUUGUUGAAAAGUAUUAUGUGAAUAAUAUCCAUUUUAUUUAGUAAUGCUAAUAAUGAAAUAUAAUUAAUUUUUUUUUUUGUAGAUGGUUCUAAAUAUUUAAUUAUCGACGGAUAAUCAUAUCCAAAAUAUAUCCCUAAUCUCUUUUGAGCUGAGAUGUAUACAUCACAUCCAAAUAUUUUAAAAUGAUAAUAUUUGGUUCUUGUCCCAUAAUCAUUUUUUAUGGAGAUAACUGAUGAUUAUUAAUUUGUUUGAUGCGAAUCAAUGAUGCUGCAUAAUAUAAUAUAGGCCCUUGUAGAUAUUGGGACUUUUGAUUUCAUAAGUAAUAAUCUAUCAAUCAACUAGGACAUUUUUGAUUAAUGAUUCAUCUCAACCAUUUUGUAUUUUAACAUGUGAUAUAUGAUGUUUGACUCUAAUCCCAGUUUUCAUGCAGUAAUCACUAAAAGCAUGAGAUGUAAUCUCACCAGCAUCAUUAAGGCAAUUAGCUUUUAGAAAAAAAAAUCUUAAAAAUAUGCUAGAAAUUUUACCAAUGAACAAGUUGCCUCGCAAACGCUAUGUUGCGAGUCGAUAGCAAGGAUUAAUGUGAUCAUCUAGUAGAUGCAUCAGUUUGGAUCAGAUAAUAUCAAAAUUUCCAUAAGAUGGAUGAAUCGUUCCUCAUUUGUUUGUUGAACCCUCUAAACCAAAGUCAAAACUCAUGUUGAUCCUUUAGUAUAUUUUUGAACUCAGUAAAAUUCUUCGUCCACCAUAUGUAUCCAAUUCAUAUACAUCUUGUCAUUUAUUGAAUUGUAUAAAAAACUUGAAACAUAAACCAACAAAUAAUACAUUCUUUCGAUCUAGAGCAAUAAGCCGAUAAGGAUCAAAAUCUUUCCAGAGCCAGAUCAUCAUAAAAUAAAAUAAAAUAAAAUAAGAAGUCUAAAUUACAAAUAGAAACAAUAAGAGUAACUUUUUUUUUUUUGUCACAACAAGUAAGAGAAACAUGCUAGAUGACUUGAUAUAACUUACUAUCCAAAAGAACCGAAGUAUCCAUAUGACAAAACCUCAAAGUUUGCGCAAUCUUAGGUCGAUACUUACAUCAGUUCCAGUCAUAUCACUAAUAAGACCAUCUGAAACUUCACAAGAGAAUUAAAAGACACAUUCUUAUUAGGAACCAAAACAACGACCACCCAUAAUUAUUAAACAAAGGACAAAGGCUUAAAAUCUCAAUUUCUUUCAUCUGAGACACGAAAAAGGAUGAGACAGCUAAACGCCAUUAAACGUCUGAGAACUCUAUUGCUAAGCAACUAAGCAAAUUCGAGACAAAUCAUCUAGAACCACAGACCACUACACCGGGCCUCAGCAACGAAAAACGCCAAAUUAAUAAUAUGCAGAUAAAUAAAACAUCUUCUCUAUUAAAAGAGAAGUAUCAUUUUUAUCUACCA